CCUUUUUGUUUGCUUGAUCCUCUAUUCUUCUGUCGUUACACCACAACAACUUCCAUUUCAAAAAUGUUGGACGUCGCAUCAUCAAAUUCUCUCACCUCCUCCUUAAUACCACAAUUUAGAGUUCAAUUUACGCAACCCAGCCACCACCACUACGCAACCCUCAAUUUUCCCAAAACCCACUUUAAACGCUGCCGUAAUCUCAUUGAUUCAUCUCUUCAUCCUACUUCUAAUUACAUUCCUCAGGCUAUUUUGUCUCAGAAGCUUCCUGAAGAUUCCCCCUCCGCCGCCGACGCCACUAAUCCCCUUCCUAGGCCUUUGACGUCCACUGUUGCUUCAAACUCUGAUGGGUCCUCCCUUCGCGUUGCUUAUCAGGGGGUUAGUGGUGCCUAUAGUGAGCUUGCUGCGGAGACUGCUUAUCCAAAUUGUGAAGCAGUUCCAUGUGACCAAUUCGACACAGCUUUUGAAGCUCUUGAGCGCUGGCUUGUUGAUCGAGCAGUUUUACCAAUUGAGAAUUCUCUAGGGGGGAGCAUCCACAGAAAUUAUGAUCUUCUGUUGAGGCAUAGAUUGCAUAUAGUUGGAGAGGUGAAGCUUCCAAUUCGGCAUUGCUUGUUGGCCAAUCCUGGUGUCAAGAUUGACGAUCUGAAAAGGGUGUUAAGCCAUCCUCAGGCCCUUUCUCAAUGUGAGCACACAUUAGCUAAGUUUGGAGUGACCAGAGAAGCUGUGGAUGAUACUGCUGGUGCAGCAAAGUUUGUUGCAUUCAACAAACUCCAAGAUGCAGGAGCAGUUGCAAGUGUUGCUGCUGCAAGGAUCUAUGGCUUAAAUAUACUUGCUGAAGAUAUACAGGAUGAUUCUGAUAAUGUCACUAGAUUUCUAAUGCUAGCAAGGGAACCCAUAAUUCCAGGGAGUGAUAGGCCCUUUAAGACAAGCAUUGUUUUCUCGCACACAGAGGGUCCUGGCGCACUUUUUAAGGCUUUAGCUGUUUUUGCUUUGAGGCAAAUCAAUCUAACAAAGAUUGAGAGUCGGCCGCUGCGAAACAGCAACAAUGGUUCUUCAAACAGGUGUUUUGACUAUCUCUUUUACUUGGAUUUUGAUGCAUCUAUGGCUGAUCCCAAUGCACAGAAUGCCCUUAGACAUCUUGGGGAGUUUGCUACUCUUCUGCGAGUUCUAGGAAGUUAUCCUGCAGACACAAGUAGGAGGUGAUCGCCGAGGUCUCAGGUCUGGGUUUUUUACUUCAAGCUUACUUGAUUCCACAACAAGGUUUGCCGAUGUUGCAAUUUUGACUUCUCUGCAGCAGAUCGAUAUCCAAUUCUCUAAUCGAUGGUCAGAUGUGCUUGAUGGGGGGAAUUAGGAAAGCUUUUUGAGCUUUAUUUUUAUUUUUAUUUUAAGUAGCUUAUGUGUCAUAAUUUUAAGAUAGAAAAUGGAGGAAAAUUAAUGGAGAGGAAUCAACAGAUAUGCAACACGGUUACUUAUGGUGUUUUCACUUACUGAGAUGAAUUAUCAAGUUUAUGCGGAUUAAAAUGGAGAUCAUGUAUUCACUUGGGCGUAGAUGCUCGAAUACAGUGUUUUUUUUUCCUCCUUUACAUAGAUCAUGUAUUCACUUUUCACUAUGGUAGAGUGUAAACUUCUCGUGCCUUUUUAAGUUCAAAUGAAAGCCACAGUUUUUCUAA